AUGGCCCGAUCAACCGCGUGUUGUCUUCCCAGGUUCAGUCCGUUGUCCGUUGAUGGCCCCAAGCGGCCGGUGUCGAUGAGAACAAAGUCGGAUCCCUCGCAAACCCUCCAAUUACUCUCGUCCUGGGAGCAAGGCCACCUGAAUUCGCUUCUGCAAACUGCAUGGGCUUUACUCCUCCACCGAUAUACCGGGUCAGAGGAGGUCUGCUUCGGUUAUCAGAGCCUUGGGGGUGAAGGCAGUCAUGGCGCCGCCUCCGCUGACUUGGCCAGCCCAUCAAUCUUCCACCUCACCGUCAGGGAGCAGGACACUGUACAGCAAGUCCUGGAGAAGGUGGUGCGCACGGAGAGCCAUGCCGACAGCCCCGAAAAGGGGGCCUCAUCAGGGGGUGCGCCUAGCGACUACAGUCUCUUUAACACGACCUUGAUGAUCCGGGUCUGCAGCGACUCGGCCAGAAGUGCACGCGAUUCGCUUGUGCAACCCGCCCCGGCGAUUACACUCCCAGAGGAGUGCCGCGUUCGUCUUCAUGUGAAGAUUCUGGAGCAAGAUGUGGGCAUUUUCUUGGAAUGGUGGAACUGUGACCUGUCUUCGGAGCAGGCAAAAAGUAUAUCUAAUUAUUUCGAGCGGACACUGCACCGUCUACUCUCUGAGGAGGAUGUUCAAGUGAGCGAAUUGAAUGUCCUCUCGGAGCAGGAUUGGUGUCGCAUUCGCAAGUUUAACUCUGUCCCCCCCGCGAGUCCUGAUCGCUGCAUUCAUGACAUUGUUCAUGAGAAGACGCUGCUCCAUCCCGAGAAGGAGGCAGUAUGCGCCUGGGAUGGGAGUUUCACCUAUCAGGAAUUGGACGUUAUGGCCUCGCAAGUGGCGGUCUACCUCCAAAGACACGGUGUAAAACCGGAAUCAAAAGUUGCGCUCUGCUUCGAUAAGUCGAAAUGGUACAUCGUGGCGGUUCUGGGGGUCUUGAAAGCUGGCGGUGCUUUCGUACCCCUGGAUCCAACCCAUCCGACUUCUCGUCUGCAGUCGCUGGUGAAGUCUGUACAGGCCCCCAUCAUGCUCUGCUCUCGAAACAGAGUAGACAAACUGGGGGACAUUGCAGAACACCUUGUACCGCUUGACGAUGAGACCAUCGCCGAAUUUGCGCAGACUUCGGGAGAACCCAUGCCACCCCCCGAAGUCAAGGGCUGCAAUGCCGCCUAUGUAAUAUUUACUUCCGGAUCGACCGGCGAACCCAAGGGGACUCUGAUGGAACAUAAGAGCUAUGUGGCUAGCUCGGUAGCCCACGCUCCCCGUUUGCGCAUCUACCCGGAGUCUCGCCUUUUGCAGUUUGCGGCACAUACGUUCGACGCGAGUCUGGUGGAUAUACUGACUGUGUUGAUGAUCGGUGCCUGCAUUUGUAUACCGAGCGAGGAUGAGCGUCUGAACGACAUAGUCAAAGCGAUCAACAGGAUGCGGGUCAACCAUGCUUCGUUGACACCGUCAUUCAUCGAUUUCAUCAACAUAGCCGACGUUCCGGUGCUGGAGACCCUGGCAUUGGUCGGAGAGGCGAUGUCUCAGUCGCAUAUCGAGACCUGGUCAAAGAUCAACCUUCUGAAUGGAUUCGGACCUACUGAGGCUGCUGUCACAGCUGCCAUCAACUCCAACGUCACCAUCGGCUCGGACAGUAGGGAUAUCGGCUUUCCAACGGGUGCGCGCUGUUGGAUCGUUGACCCGGAGAACCACGAUCAGCUUGUUCCUGUCGGAUGUGCCGGCGAAAUGCUUCUUGAGGGGCCGACCCUGGCCCGGUGCUAUCUCAACAACCCAGAGAAGACCGCCGAAUCCUUUAUCUACGACCCCGCUUGGACAAAACAUGACGCUUCUGGAGGCUCUCGACGCAGGUUCUACAAGACCGGCGAUUUGAUCAAGGUUCACGGACAGAGAGUCGAGCUGGGAGAAAUCGAAGAUAAUCUCAAUUCCGACUCGAACAUCAAGCACUGUCUGGUCCUUCUUCCGAAAACAGGGUUCGCGGAGGGAAGGCUGGUCGCCGUGAUGUCUUUCGCAGUUCCUUUUACCGACAAUUGCGAGACACAGCCCGUGCCUCUGAAACUAGUCGAGGAUCCAAGGAAGCUGCCAAUCAUAUCAGAGAUCCGCAAUCGACUAUCCGCGCGUUUACCGGCAUACAUGGUUCCAGCAGUAUGGCUGUGUGUUGAAAGUAUACCCAUUCUUCCGUCGCGCAAGCUUGAUCGAAAGGCAACAGCGAGCUGGGUCGGAGGUAUUAUGGAUGACCCCGAAGUACGAUGCAUCUCAUCAGAACCUGGGUUGGAUGGAAGUGUCUCUCGCUCAGGUAAUGCCAUGGAGGAUCAAAUAGCAGCGAUCUGGAGCCGCGUCCUUAACAUCCCGAAGUCUCAUAUCUCGCUUAAUGAGAGCUUCCUGAGUUUAGGCGGUGAUUCUAUUGCAGCGAUUACAUGCAUGGGACUCUGCAAGAAGCAGGGGGUUGGCGUCACGGUGCAGGAAAUUCUCCGAACCAAGUCGAUCAAGGAACUAGCAACACGGGCUAAAGACAUCGAACAGCCGGCCGUUUAUGAGGAAACGAUCGAAAAACCAUUCGACCUCUCGCCUAUCCAGAAGCUCCAUUUCAUGGCCCGUCUGGAAGGGCAGGGACAUUUCAACCAGAGCGUCCGAACUCGUCUUCAUCAGCGUAUCAGCGAGACGGAUAUUCGCCGCAGUAUCGAGAUUCUAAUCGAUCGACACUCUAUGCUGCGAGCGCGACUCAUUGACUUAGGGUCUGAAAGGGGUUUCCAACAACUCAUCACCACCGACAUCGUCGGUUCGUACCGCUGGAAUGUACAUGAGACCACCAGUCCCGAGAAAAUUGAACAGUCCGUCGAAAAAAGCCAAUCGUCGAUCAAUGCUCUUGUUGGGCCUGUACUUGCAGUGGACCUUUUCUGCGAGGACGGACAAGUAUUGAUAAUGUCAAUUGUGGCUCACCACUUGGUGGUUGACAUUGUAUCGUGGCGGAUAAUUCUGGAAGAUCUAGAAGACCUGCUGUUGAAUGGGCACGAAACCGCGCGGUCGAACAGCUCUUUGCCUUUCCAGACAUGGUGUGCUCUACAGAGCGAACGGUGCCAGGCUCUGACGACGGACGAUAAAGCCAGCUUGAAGGAUGUUCCAGCCCCAGAAUUAAAUUACUGGGGAAUGGAAGACCGCACGAUAACCUACGGUGACGUGGACUGUGAAGGAUUCGAGCUCGACCAAGACAGCACUUCACGUCUACUCAAGGAUUGUCACCAGGCUUUGCAGACAGAACCCAUCGAUGUCUUCCUUGCGGCCCUGCUACAUUCGUUUCGACGGACCUUCACUGACCGAGCUUUGCCUGUGAUAUACAACGAAGGACAUGGUCGCGAAGUAUGGGAUCAAUCCAUAGAUGUUUCACGCACCGUUGGCUGGUUCACCACGCUAUAUCCGAUUCUGGUAUCGGACCCGGUCGCGAACGACAUAGUCGAGACUGUCGUGCAUGUCAAGGACCUGCGCCGUCGUGCUUUGGAUAACGGUCGACAAGAAUUCGCACAGCGCAUGUUGGUUGGAGGGGGCGCUGAAAAUCGCGAGCACCCUUGUCCGAUGGAGAUGUCCUUCAACUAUGUUGGGCAACAUCGAGACCUCCAGCGACGAGAUGGUCUCUUCGAAUUAAUGAACCAGAUGGCUGGCGAGGCUGGUCGAGGUGGAGGGUCUGCAGAUUUUGGCGAAGAUACGCCGCGCUUUGCACUCUUCGAGAUUUCCGCCAUGGCUGCUCUGGGGAAUCUGCGCUUCACCUUUUCUUUCAAUAGAUAUAUGAGCCACCAAGGGUCCAUCCGAGACUGGAUAUCUUGUUGCUGUGAUGUAUUGAAGGAGGUUGGCGCGAAGCUGCAAGCCAUGGCAGUUAGACCAACCUUGAGUACCUUUCCAAUGCUCUCGCUUACCUACGAAAAGCUCGAGAGCAUGGUGUCAACUGUUCUGCCUAGUAUCGGGGUUGAUUCCUUUGACAUGGUCGAGGAUAUCUACCCUUGUACGCGGAUGCAACAGGGUAUCUUGCUUAGUCGGCUACGGGAUGAAGCACUUUAUGCUGUCCACAACACCUUUGAGGUUCGGACUGUGAAUGGAAAGACCGAUAUAGCUCGACUGACAGACGCUUGGAAAGCGGUUGUCUCCAAGCACCCAUUGCUGCGGACGGUGUUCGUCGAGAGCCUCGGUGAUGGAGAUGGUUUUUCCCAAGUCGUUCUCAAGUCUUUUGAUGCACAUCCCGCCUAUGUGAGAUGUUCGAGCGAUGAUGGAGUGUUGGAAGCUCUUGAUGGGCAGGGCUCAAUCGAGCUCAGUCAAAACAGACCUCCUCACCGAUUCACCAUCUGUGAGACAGCUUCUGGAAAGACCUUCUGCAGAAUUGAACUUAGCCAUGCCAUCAUGGACGGGUCUUCCAUUUCCAUCAUACUUCGCGACUUACAGCUCGCUUACGACAACUAUGAGGUGGCUCGGACACCAACUUUCAAGGGCUUUGUACAGUACCUACAAGACACUCCCCAAGCCCCGGGUAUCGAGUAUUGGCGGACGUAUUUGUCGGAUGCUGAGCCGUGCCAUUUCCCUACCCUCAACGAUGGCCAAGUCUUGCGCAAGAGACUCCAAACUAUGCAUUUGGAUCUUGAGUUCUACGAGGAACUCAAGCAAAUCUGCGAAGGGAAUGGAUUCACUCUCUCAACAGCAUUCAGCACUGCAUGGGGUCUCACCCUCCGCUCCUUCUGUGCAUCCAACGACGUCAACUUUUGCUAUAUGGCUUCCCUCAGAGACGUGCCAGUCGAGGAUAUCGAAGCAGUCGUUGGCCCUGUUAUCAACAUUCUAACAUGCCGGAUGAGAAUGUCCGAUACUUCUUUGCUCAGGGACGUUAUGUUGCAAGUACAGCAUGACUACAUGGAGCAUUUGCCUUACAGGCAUACUUCGCUGAUCGACAUUCAGCAUGCCCUGAAGCUGUCCGAGAUGCUGUUCAAUACUGGGCUAUCCUACCGAAGACUACCCCCGACUGACACGCAGACGGAUGGAAACAUCCAAUUUGUCGAGCUUGGAUCAAUUUACGAUCCCGUGGAAUUUCCCAUUUUCGUUAACGUUGAGGUCUCGGACACCGGUGCUAAUGUCGACUUCAACUACUGGACCACAACGCUGUCGGCUCUCCAGGCCGAGAGCGUCGCCAACACGUUCUUGCAGCACCUGAAAGACAUUGCACAUGUCCCUGAUGGGAAGCUGGAGCUGAUCACGGGAAUGAGUGACUGGCAUACUCAACAAAUCAAGACCUGGAAUGCCUCAUACCCUGUGGCCGCUGACAAGUGUGCGCAUGAAGUGGUGAGCGAGAAAGCCACAACUCAUGCAGAUGACCAUGCCGUUGUCGCUUGGGAUGGGGACCUGUCAUAUUCGAAGCUCAACGAGCUGUCCUCCGCAUUGGCAGUGUACUUGGAGCAGCUCGGCGUGGUAUCGGGCUCUCUGAUCCCCAUUGAGCUCGACAGAUCUGUCUGGGCAGUUGUUGCCAUACUAGCAGUGCUAAAGCUAGGAGCGGUGUGUAUCCCAAUCACCCAUGGCCGCCUGCAUGAGGUCUUGAACGAGGAGCUCUGCAACGAAGUACAAGUUGCGCUUGCCUCGCCCUCCAGAGCCCCUUCGCUGGAAGUAUCAAUCCCUUUUGUCAUUUCAAUUGACAGAUCUCUCUUGGAGUGCCUCCCGGCUAGCAAGGAAAGCUUCUUACCUAGCCUGCAGCCUCAGAAUGAUGCCUACCUCGUGUUCACAUCCGAUCGCAGUACUUCGAAAGCGAUUAUGCUUGAUCACCAGGAUAUUCUGAUGAGAGCGGAGAGUUUCUCAGCGGCGCUUGAUUUGGACUCCACGGCGAGGAUAUUCCAGACUUCUGAGUACAAAUCCGACGUUUUCCUUCAGGAACUCUUCGGUGCCUGGUCACGCGGUGCCUGUGUAUGCAUUCCGGCUGAUACUGAGCUCGAGAAUCUAUCUUCAUCGAUAAAUGGCCUGCAUGCGAAUAUGGUCAGCACGACGCCAUCUAUGGCCCUCAAGUUACAACCAUCAGACCUGCCUGAAGUCAAGGCUCUUGUGCUGUAUGGCGGGACACCUAACGCCAAAGUCAACAAAUUGUGGUCCGGAAACGUGAUGCUUCACACAUUCUACGGUGCCCCUGAAUACUCCUCAACUUGGGUACACGCCUCUUCCCCUGGCACUUCUGUCGAAACGGCAAGCUCUGGAUCUGUCAUGGGUGGCAGAUCGUGGCUCGUCAAUGCACAAGAUCACGACCUCCUGGUGCCCAUAGGAUGUAUUGGCGAAUUGGUGGUAGAAGGCCCCGUUGUCUCUCGUGGCUACUGGAACGAUGAGGAAUCUACGAAACAGAACUUUAUCCAGGAGCCGAAAUGGGCUCAUACUUUGCUGGACGAGGUUGAUAGCCAGGACUCACGCCAACUGCAGUGGUUCAAGACCGGAGAGCUGGCACGUUACAAUUCUCGCGGCCAAUUGGUGUACAUGGGAAAGAAAGACCGCCAGGCUGCAGUCCACGUGGAUUGGUGGAGGAAAUACCUAGCCGAUGUUGAGGCUUGUCUUUUUCCGCGCAUGCAACUUGAACCAACACAGAGGGCUUUCUCUCCAUUUAAGACUACAAUCAAAAAUGCAGAGGGGAUUCGUUCGCUCUGUCAAAGUCUUGGAGUUGAUGUUGGGUCUCUCUUACGGGUUGCUUGGGGCUUGGUCCUUCGCUGUUACACUGGGUCAGAGGACGUCUGUUUCGGCUGUGGUCCAUCAGACCAAGAGCAGAUAGAAGGGAAGGCAGCCAUGGAGGUCUUGCCUAUUAGAUUAUGCCUGAAGGACGACAUGAUGCUUGAAGAUGUCAUCUGGAAAUUGACGAGGGAUUUCGCUCAGAUCUCUCAGCACCGACCCUUGUCCCUCGAUAUCCAGCAGGAGCUUGACCUGACUGGCGCUUUCUUCAACACUUCCUUCCAACACAGCGCCAGCACAGGUGCAGAAAGCGCCCCAUUCGAAUUGAGCGGCGACAAUCCAAACAACUGCAUGCUUUGUGUCAGUGUGAGGGACAUGGGAUCCUCAGUUGAGGUAACCUGUGCCUAUGCAACUGAUCAUCUGUCUGGGGAGCAUGUUGCAGAUAUCAUUGAAUGCUUUGAGAAAAUCUUGGAUUCGUCCAUUAAUUCCCCUGCUUGUCGCAUCGGUGACAUUGAGUUCAUUAUGGAACGGUCUUGCGAGCAGAUACGGGAGUGGAACAGAGCGCUUCCUGAUCGGCCAACGAAAUGCCCAUAUGAGAUGAUACAGGAUCAUGUCCUGGCGCUUCCAUUAGAGCCAGCGAUUAGCUCAUGGGACGGAGACUUUACUUACGCAGAUGUUGAUUUUUAUUCGGCACGACUGGCACAGCAUUUGCGAGAGAUCGGGGUCAAACCCGAAACAUUUGUGGCCCUUUGCUUCGAGAAGUCUGCAUGGGCAGUUAUUUCACAAGUUGCAGUGCUCCGGGCAGGUGGAGCGUUUGUUUCUCUUGACCCUGCACAUCCGGAGGAACGAUUGAAAGGGAUGAUCGAGGAUAUCGAUGCUCUAGUCGUCUUGUGCUCAUCCAAACACCACGAAAAGGCUUCUCGGAUUUACGAUGUGACAUUUUCUGUAUGCGAAACGACGAUCCGAGAGCUCACAACCCUUACAUCCGGUGUCCCUACAGAGCAUGCCAGGAUCGAUCAUCCAGCGUAUGCGAUCUUCACGUCUGGGACUACAGGGAAGCCAAAAGCCACUGUUGUUGAGAACGUUGGGCUCAGCCUACUGUCGUUAUCAAUUGCUGAGGAAUACGGGAUUGGCCCCGGAACCAGGGCCACGCAGUUCUCAAGCUACACAUUUGAUGUCAGCAUACUGGAAACAAUCAUGGUUCUCAUGAACGGUGGUUGUGUCUGUGUACCCAGCGAAGAUGAGCGCAUGAAUGACUUGGCUGGGGCUAUCAAUCGAAUGCAAGCCAAUGUCCUGAGCGGCCCUCCAUCGGUAGCAAACAUUCUCGACCCAAAGACAGUCCCAACCCUGCGAACAGUGAUUGCAAUAGAUCGAUGCGUGAUCAACGCCUACGGACCUACUGAAGCAACCAUAUUGGCCACGUCCUGCACCAUUGUGGACAAACAAGGAAGACGCCUCACUAGCAACUAUAACUCAAUUGGCACUCCGGUAGGCUGCAGAGCAUGGAUCGUGGAUCUCCAUAAUUACCAUCGUCUUCUUCCCGUUGGCGCAGUGGGAGAGCUGGUCCUUGAAGGUUGCAAUGUCGCGAGAGGCUACCUAAAUAACGAAGAGAAGACUAAGGAAGCCUUCAUCACAAGCGCCCGUUGGAUGCAGCACCAUGGCGUUUCAAGCGUCCUUCAAUGCAAGGAGCGAAUGUACCGCACUGGUGACCUCGUAUACUACAAUCAUGAUGGGACAAUCUCUUUCAUCUCCCGCAAAGAUACACAGAUCAAACUGAACGGUCAGCGGGUUGAGUUGGAGGAGAUCGAGCAGCAAUGCCUUCGUUUUCUGCCACCAUCCACAAAGGUGGCCGUCGAGCUUGUAUCUCCGGAGGUUAGAACAGUGGCUAGAUGCCUUGCAGCAUUCUUCACCGUUACGAAGGAGACAGACGAAGAGAACGACCUGGAGCAUGAUUUAUCGUCAGUCGUCCUUUUUCAGAUGAAUGACAGGAUCAGAGAGACCACGAGAAGCUUACAUGCUUCGUUGCGUGAAUCUUUACCCAUGGGUCUUAUACCAAAGCUAUUUGUACCAGUACGACACCUACCGAUUACAGUAUCCGGGAAACUGGACAGGAAAAAGCUUCGAUCUGCCGUUGAGCCGUUGCCCAAGGAUCGCUUGAGAGCCUAUGGAGUAUCCAACGCGGGCCCAGGGCAAAUUUCCGAAACAGAAGCGACGGCAACGCUCCGAGAAAUCUGGGAAGAUGUCAUAGGCCUUGAGUCCGGUUCCAUUGGUGUUGAGGACAACUUCUUUGAAAUCGGAGGCGAUUCGUUCUCUGCUAUGAAGCUCGUUAGCGCAGCUAACUCCCACGGGAUAUCGAUUAAGGUUGUUGAUAUAUACGCCCAUCCCGUUUUCAUGGAUAUGGCGAGAAAAUGCGAGCCUGCAAAGCCAGCACAGAAGAAGCGAGACGUUGAGCCAUUCAGCCUUCUCCCUACUUCGGCAGAUCGUGACUGGAUCCUGGAGGAGGUUUCUGACCAAUGUUGCGUGUCUAAGGAGUCGAUCUCCGAUAUCUACCCGUGCAGUCCAGUACAAGAAGGCCUUUUGACAUUGUCCGUCAAGGAGCAAGGUGCCUAUGUUGCUCAGCCGGUAUUUCGGCUAUCGGAACAUGUUGAUCUUGAGAGAUUCAUGGCAGCAUGGCAAACACUUGUUAAUGAGCUAGACAUUCUGCGAACUCGUAUCAUUCAUACAGAUUCGUUGAAUUUCCUGCAAGCUGUGCUGAAAGAGGAUCCGAUCUCAUGGAGAAUCCUGACAACAUUCGAUGAUUUGAUUGAAGGGAACUUUGAACAUUCAAACUAUGCUGGAGGUCCCUUGACGGGAUAUGCAAUCGUGAAGGACAAUGCCUCUUCAGCAACAUUCUUCGUUUGGACCGUACAUCACGCGCUCUACGAUGGGUGGAUGCUACCAGGUAUCUUUCGGAGGGUCGAGGAGAUCUAUUCUGGGAUUUCGAGGGACAACACAAUGCUUCAGUACAAGUUGUUCGUGGACUACUUAACUGGACAGCAGACAUCCGAGUCCGAUGAGUUUUGGAAGUCAUACCUCUCCAGCCUGGAUUCUUCCCCAUUCCCGCAGAACAAGUCGACUUCACCAGGCUCAGUUCGGGUGGGAAAUACACACGAAAGCAGCAUGCAAAUCUCAGAAUUCUCUGGCUAUAGCGGUGUAACUCUUCCGGAAAUGAUCCGUGCUGCGUGGGCAAUCGUGGUGUCAGCUCAUACCGGAUCAAGUGAUGUCUGCUUUGGGGAGACACUCAUGGGGAGGAACAUCGGCCUAGAUGGCAUCACAGACAUUGCAGGACCAAUUCUUACAACAGUCCCUACUCGCAUUCAAGUCGACAACGAGACGUCGAUUACUCAGUACUUGCAGAACAUCCAUCAAUUGACCGUGAACAUGUUGCCACACCAACAUGCUGGGCUACAGCGGAUAAGGACGCUCAACAGUGACACGUCUCUUGCUUGCGAAUUUCAAAACAUCCUCGUUAUACAAUCGGACGAGGGAAAGCUUAACGAGGAUCUUUGGGUCCCUGAAGGCAACAGGAACAGCAGGGACUUUUUUGCCCACCCACUGACGGUCGAAUGUAAGAUCGCGGGUCCAAAGCUUGAUAUCACCGUGCAUCAUGAUGAGAUAGUGCUGGAUAGCUGGACGACUGAAAAGGUGCUGCAUCAGUUCAUGUUCAUUCUGGAACAGCUCCUCGCACUUCCGGCAGGCGACGUGAAGAAAGUCGGCGACCUUGACCUGUCCAGCCGCAUCGACAAGGAAAGUAUAGCGGCAUGGAACAAGCGCAUUCCGUUCAAUCUCGAGAAAUGUGUGCACGAUAUUAUCCAUGAGGAGAUGUCGAAACAUCCCAAUGCCCCAGCUAUAUGCGCCUGGGAUGGCCAGCUAUCUUACGCAGCGACGAUGGACCUCGCUUCAUCGUUUGCAAAAUACUUGGGUUCUCGUGGAGUUGGACCAGAAACUUUGGUCCCGUUCUGCCUGGACAAGUCUCUCUGGGCGGUGAUCAGCAUAUUGGGUAUUCUCAUGGCUGGGGGCGCGUUCGUCCCAAUGGAUCCUUCUCAUCCGACCUCGAGACACAAGGAAAUCCUUGAAGAAGUUGAUGCCCGGGUGAUUCUCUGUUCUCCCCAUUACCAAAAUCGCUACGCUGGCCUCGUGAAAUCCAUCAUCCCUGUCAGCAAAGAAACAGUGAAGGCAUAUGGGUCAAUUUCAAAGAGCGUCAAACGCAAUGUGGCUGUCAAGCCAUCGAACAUGGCUUUCGCUAUUUUCACAUCUGGAAGUACCGGCCGUCCAAAAGGCAUCGUCAUCGACCACCAGUCACUUGCUAGCAGCGCCAUGGCGUGGGGGCCAAUCGUGCAAAUGAACAAUUCCUCUCGGGUAUUCCAAUUUGCAUCCCUCACUUUCGAUGCCGCGGUAAUGGAGGUCCUCGCAACGUUGAUGCACGGUGGCUGCAUCUGUAUCCCAAGCGAAGACGAGCGUCUGAAUGACGUUGCUGGUGCAAUCCAGCGGAUGAAUGUCUCCUGGUCAUUCUUGACCCCAUCAAUAGCAAGCAUUCUUGAGCCUUCCACAGUCCCAUCUCUCAAAGUGCUUUUGAUGAACGGAUAUGGGCCCACUGAAACAACCAUAUUCGCCGUCUUGAAUGAUGCUUCUGCGAACCCUGAGCCAUCCUGCAUCGGAUUUGGAAUACCUUGCACAUUGACAUGGAUUGUUGACCCUGACAAUCAUGAUCGAUUGUCCCCGUUGGGCGCUGUUGGAGAGCUCGUUUUGGAGGGCCCUGCGCUUGCGAGAGAAUAUCUCAAGAAUCCGGAGAAGACAGCUGAUGCAUUCGUUAGCAAUCUCGCAUGGAUGAAGCACUUCCAGAACUCUCAGCAGUCUCUACGAAGAAUAUACAAAACAGGAGACCUUGUGAAGUACAACCCUGACGGCUCGAUAAACUGUAUAGGGCGAAAGGACCACCAGGUGAAGCUUCAUGGACAGCGCAUGGAGCUUGGGGAAAUUGAGCAUCGACUGCACGAGGAUCCUCGUGUGCGCCAUGCUGUCGUGAUAAUGCCUAAAACUGGGCGCCUCCAGCAACGCUUGGUGACGGUUUUGUCCUUAGAGUCUUUGACCAUGGACAAGAGUGUCAUUUCGAAUGGCGCAUGCGAGCUUGUGGAGCAUGACACGAUGAAACUCGCAUACCGUGAGCUUACCCAGAUUCAAAAAGCUUUGGAGGACCAAUUGCCCGUUUACAUGGUUCCUCAGACAUGGGCUGUUGUCAAGGCUCUUCCAAUGCUUGUUUCUGGAAAGAUGGACCGGAAGCGAAUUACGAGCUGGAUCGAAAAUACCGACGAGGCGACGUACGAUCGCAUCAUGCAAGAUUAUGACAACAUCAAACGAGCAGGCCUUGUAGAUAAGAAGGACAAUGAUGAAGGUUCAGUCGUGGAUACUCUGCGGGCAAUCUUUGUUGAAGUUCUCAACAUCCCAUCCCACAAGGUCGAUAGUAAUCGGUCCUUUGUUAGCCUAGGAGGUGACAGCAUUACUGGAAUGGCCGUUAUAUCGAAAGCUCGCAAGCACGGUCUUAGCCUGACGCUCCACAGUAUCCUUCAAAGCAAAUCGGUAGUGGAACUUGCCUUGAAAUCCGAGAAAAAGGUGCAAACAGUCCAGGUCAAGGAAAGACUUGAUGAGCCAUUCGGCCUCUCUCCAAUUCAGAGUCUAUACUUCAAGACGGCUACUGAGUUUGGACAAUCGUCUCACUUCAACCAAGGCGUCACUGUUCGGACCACCAGGUACAUACCGGUGGAUACUAUCAAGCGUGCAGUUGAAGCGCUUGUAGACCGGCAUUCCAUGUUCAGAGCACGCUUUGUCCAAUCUCAAGAUGGCGAAUGGCAGCAGCGAAUUCUUGAUGAGUCUGCUUCCUCAUAUCGGCUGCAGACCCACUACAUAACGAAUGAGCAUGAGAUAAGUUCUCGAACGUCUGAGAGCCAACGGUCCCUCGACAUCCACCACGGGCCAGUGUUUGCUGCCGACGUAUUCGAACUCCCGAGUCAUAGACAGAUCCUUGCGCUAGUCGCUCAUCACCUUUGUGUUGACAUGGUGUCAUGGCGUAUAGUCUUGCAAGAUCUUCAGGAGUUCAUUGAAUCCGGAUCUCUGUCCCUCGACAAGACGUUGUCAUUCCAGAACUGGUGCGAGUUGCAGACUACCCACGCCAAAGAAAGUGACCCCGUUCGGCUUCCGUUCAAUGUUCAACAACCAGACUUAGGGUACUGGGGAAUGGAGAAUGUGCGAAAUCGCUAUGGCGAUGCCAAGAUAGAGGUUUUCACUGUCAAUCAGGAAGCCACGUCCUUUGUUCUCCGCGACUGCCAUCAUGUUUUCCGGACUGAGACAGUUGAGGUGCUGCUUGCAGCCGUGAUUAGCUCAUUCAGGCGAGUUUUCGCUGAUCGAGAGGUUCCGACAAUAUACAAUGAAGGUCACGGACGUGAGGCAUGGGAUUCGAGCAUGGAUCUAUCCAGAACAGUGGGAUGGUUUACGACUCUCGCGCCGAUGGAUGUUAGUGGAGAAAGAGCAGAUCUCGUGGACACCUUGAAACGUGUGAAGGACUUGAGACGAUCGACCUCAUACAACGCCAGAACUUUCUUCGCACAAGACCUCCUUUCUGGAGGAAUGUGUGGCUCAACUCAUUUCCCCAUUCCUCUUGAAGUGAUUUUCAACUAUCUCGGACAGCUCCAGCAGCUAGAGCGUGACGGCUCCCUGUUCCAACAUUUUGAAGUUGAUGGUGCCAAUGCCUUUGGGUCCACAUCGGACAUGGGCCCUGAGACGCCUCGAUUUGCUCUCUUCGAGGUUUCCGCCAUAAUCAUCAAGGAACAGCUUCACAUGGGCUUUACAUACAACCGUCAUAUGAAACACAUGAAAGACAUCCAAAGAUGGGCAUCGGAAUGCAGACGCAUCCUUGAAGAAGAUAUCCCUCUUCUUAAAGACCGGGCGCCCCAGCCUACUCUCAGUGACUAUCCAUUGCUGCCUAUCACUUACGAGGGACUGGAGAACUUCAUGAGAUACACCUUACCGAAGGCGGAAAUAGAUAGCUGGGAAUGCGUUGAGGACAUCUACCCCUGCUCGCCAGUGCAGGAAGGUAUCUUGCUCAGCCAACUUCGGGAUCCUUAUGGGUACAUGUUUCACGCUAUUUUCGAGGUCCGCUGUUCCGACAAAGCCCUCAAGGCCGAAGCAAGCAGGUUGAAGAAAGCUUGGUCAAUGGUCGUGGCGCGACACCAAAUUCUGAGGACUUUGUUCGUUGACAGUUACAGCAAAGGCGGCGCCUUUGAUCAGCUCGUGGUGAAAGAACUGGAAGACGAGAUCCUUGAGUUUGAGUGUGACGAGAAUAUCGCCUUCCAGACGCUCGACAACAUCAAGCUUGCAAACAUCAACGCUAAGCGGCUCAAGAAGCUUCCACAUCAGCUUACCAUAUGUACCACAACGGGUGGGCGAGUCCUCCUGAAAAUCGAGCUCAACCAUGUCAUUAUCGACGGAGGAUCGAUUGACCUUCUCAUAAGGGAUCUGCAAUUGGCAUAUGAUAACAGACUUCCUUCUGCACCUGGACCCCUCUUUGCCGAAUACAUCAAGUUCAUCAAAGCCAAGGAUCACCACCAAGCGUUGGAUCAUUGGGUGAGGUAUCUAUCUGGAGCCCAUCCCUGCCACUUAAGAGUGUCUCCUACAACUGGUGGUGAGAAGCGACUGGGUUCUGUCCUGAUGCAGUUCGACAGAUUCCCUGAGCUGCAAAGAUUCUGCGAGGAGAAUUCGGUUACUCUUGCGAACCUUACUCUUACUGCUUGGGCAAUGGUCCUCAGGAGUUUCACUGGGUCAGACGAUGUGUGCUUCGGAUACCUGACGGCUGGACGUGACUCCCCUGUUCCAGACAUCCAAAAUGCUGUUGGGAUUUUCAUCAACAUGCUGUGCUGCAGAGUCAAGUUUGGACAGAGACAUAGCCUUCUCGAUAUAUCCAAGACAGUGCAGGAAGACUUCUUGGGAAAUCUCCCCUAUCAGAAUUGCUCUCUUGCUCAGAUCCAACAUGAGCUUGGCCGUGACGGACAGAUGCUUUUCAACACGGCCCUUUCUAUACAGAAUCACUCCAUCUCAAAGCCAACGACAGACAGCACCAUCUCACUUGAAAUACAACGAGUCCAUGAUCCAACAGAGUACCCGGUGACUGUCAACGUUGAAACCGGCAGGGGUAGAGAGGGAGUGCUGAUUAGAUACUGGUCUGAUGCUGUGUCUGACAGCCAAGCGAAGGGCUUGACCGAUGCGAUUGCCCAUAUAUUCACCCUCUUUGUUGAAAACCCUCAUACAUCAGUGACGGAGACGACCAUCCGCAACCAGGGCCCAGAUAGGGUCGGUUCAGAUCUUCCCAGCCGACGGAUCUCGGAGGUUGAUGAGGACUACAUACGGUCCCUGGUCGACGCCCGUGUGAAAGAAGUCAUUUAUCAGAUGCUCGAGGAUGGGGUGUUGGCCAUUCCUCCCUUCCAGGGGAAGAGUGUCUGCGAGGACAAGCCAGCUCUCAAGAUGCAUGACCGUCCUUUCCGGGAAACAGUGAUACCAAAAGGCAUUGUAUCAUCCGAUUCCGUACCAACUCUCACUGAAGAUAUCAAAGAACCAGGCGACCUGGAGAAGCGUCUUUGGAGACUUUGGAGCGAGGCGUUGAGUCUUCCGGCCGACACUGUCAUACGCCACGCGAGCUUCUUCAAGCUCGGGGGCGACAGUAUAUCGGCAAUGAAGAUGGUCGGUGCAGCACGCCAGGAGGGAUUGAUGUUGUCUGUGGCCGAUGUUUUUGGCAACCCAGUCUUUGAAGAUAUGCUCGCUACGAUCUGUUCCAGAUCAAGCAACCCAUCUUCCACCACAGCCAGCUCGAAUGCGUCCACUCCAGAGGACUCGCAAGAUUCUUUCCAGAUGUUAUCGCGGACCGUUUCUCCCCAAGAGGUGACUAUCGUGAGGCCAGUUGAGCUCGACGAGGCUUCGUUACAGGCUGGAAUCUGCCCUAGGAUUGGCUUGUUCAAGGGCGGAAUUUCAGAUGUCCUCCCGGUGACCGAUUUCCAGGCGUUAUCUCUCACGGCUUCUCUUUUCAAAUCGAGAUGGAUGCUGAAUUACUUUUUCCUUGAGGGUAACGGGCCGCUGGAUAUUCGGAGGAUGACGGAAAGCUUUGAGCGGGUGGUUGAUGCGUUCGAUAUCCUUCGCACAGUGUUCGUUUGCUUCCAUGGCCAAUGCUUCCAGGUGAUCUUAAGAAAGCUGCAACCCGACAUCUUCAUCCAUGAAACAGAGAGGAGCCUGGAGGAGUACACUGCAUCUCUGCAGCAGCGAGACCGGGAGCAAGUGCCCUCUCAGGGAGAGCAAUAUGUCCAGUUCUACAUCGUGAAGCAGAAAGGGACGGCGCAUCAUCGCAUAUUGAUUCGAAUGUCGCAUGCCCAGUAUGACGGGGUUUGCCUACCGCGCAUCAUGUCCGCCAUCAAGAUGGGAUAUGAGGGCUGCACCAUCCCGCCCGCGCCGUCUUUCUCGAACUACAUUCGCAUGCUCCCUGGGGUAAUCACUCCAGAGCAUUACCAACAUUGGAGGAAAGUCCUCCAUGGCAGCAAGAUGACCGACGUUAUCAGACGCCACAGCCCGAAUUCAUUCCAGCACAUCGGUGCGUAUGCCGAGCAGAAGAGAACUAUCGAUAUCCCAGCGACAGCCCUCGACAAUGUCACCAUCGCGACAGUCAUGCAAUCCGCAUGGGCUCUGACGCUGGCGAAGCUGUCCUCGCAGUCAGAUGUCGUAUUCGGGCUCACAAACAGCGGACGAAAUGCCCCGCUCCCCGGCAUCGAAAGCACGGUGGGCCCGUGUCUCAACAUCACCCCCGUCCGCGUCAAGUUUGGAGAACACUGGACGGGACUCGAUCUCAUCCGCUACCUCCAGGACCAGCAGGUGGCCAACAUGGCCUAUGAAAUCCUGGGAUUCCGCGAGAUCAUCCGUCAAUGCACCAGCUGGCCUGAGUCCACGUACUUCACCACCACGCUCUUCCACCAGAGCUUGGAGUACGAGGGCGAAAUGAAACUGGAUGACCAUACAUACAGAAUGGGCGGCGUGGGCAUCGUCGACAACUUCGUGGACCUCACGGUGUUCUCCAAGCAAACCAGUACACAGCACCUCCUCGUCUCCCUCGGCUACUCGCUCAAAGGCCCCGUUCAGCCGGUGUAUGCCGCCAAAGUCCUCGACAUGGUCUGCGAGACUGCCCAAACGCUGCUCGCCAAUCCCAGCAUCACCCUCCCAUCCCCGACAACCCUCCGCUCCCUCCCCAGCCAGGUCAUCAACGACGUGCCCCGACAGUCCGACGAGCAGUUCCUUUCCUCAAAUCUCAACACACGCAGUAUCUCGGAGAUCUUGGUCCAUUCGGACAUGGUCAACCGCAUCUGGCAACAAGUCCUCCCCAACAAGAAUCCGGAACUCCCCCGUCCUCCGUUCCAGCUGACCUCGUCCUUUUUCGAACUGGGCGGCGACAUCCUCAACAUGGCCCAGGUGGUGUGGCUGUUGGAACAAGAAGGCCUCCGGGUUCAUCUCGAAGAUCUACUCGAGCAUCCCACCUUCCUGGGCCACAUGGCCGUGUUGGCGUUGCAUGAUGGAAAGCAACAACAGCGGGCUGAGACUCGCUCUUCAGAAACUCCCUCCUCAUCGCUCCCUUCGAUGCCUUCUGGUCCCGAAACCAAAGGCGGAACAUGGAACCCCCUGGGCAAAGCUGUCACGCUUGCGCGGAAGCUCAGUAAAUGGAAUCUGGCCUCGAAGAGCCGACAGAGCUUGCAGUCAUUGGGGCAACAGUCAUUGGGGCAGUAG